AUGGAAAGCAAUGCCAAUAGUGAUAUCGAUAUGUCCAAGCUCGGUGCAUCGGCCAAAGGACUGUUGACCACGUUCGAAAACGCCAAUGCCAGCCUGAUGGCAUCGGCGCUGGUAACAACGGCACAGUUUGCAGCGGUUAAGGACAUAACCGAAACGCUGCGACACGGUGACUGUGGUGAAGUGCAAAACCGAUCAGAAGCUUGCUUUAGCCGCAGCCCAAUGCAGGAUCUGUCCGACGAGGAUAUGUCCGAUUUUUCAUCCAACGAAAGUGAUGGGCUGGAAGAGCUGGAUUUGAAAAAUUCUGGCCAUCUUCGUAGUGCCGAGGAAGAUGCUGACGGUCAGGCUCUCGAUAGCUGUGGAGCACUUGUGCCCGUAAUUCCGGUGCUUAAUCUAGCUGGGACAAAGUUAGGCAUCGGAGGAACUGGAUUGAACGGGUCCGGUGCCGUCGUAAGAAAGAUGUUCACCAACACCAGAGAACGCUGGCGCCAGCAGAAUGUGUCCGGGGCGUUUGCUGAGUUGCGAAAGCUAGUUCCGACCCAUCCGCCGGACAAGAAGCUGUCCAAAAAUGAAAUUCUUCGUAUGGCCAUCCGGUACAUACGGUUGCUAACGAAUGUGCUCGAGUGGCAGAAGAAGCAGGAAGCUAACGAUCGCACUCCACUGAAACAGCGAAGUUCACAGCAGCAACUUCAGCAGCUUAUUCAAGCACCCAACCACAUGGUGCAGCAUUCCAACAACGAGAACCAUUUCACGGGCAACUACAGAGAAAAUGGGAACAAUCUGCUCAUGAUCGUAUCGCCCAAAUCGUUUGCCAAGUCCACCAACACGCCUAGUCGCACUGGCAGGCUCGAAUCGAAAGCUGAACAACAGUGUGUAGAGAUUGAGAAAAUAAAGCUGGUCAGCAAGCUGUGUCCGGUGGGCAAGCUGGCCAAACCCGGCGGCACUGCUAACACAUCGAGCACCAGCGCCAAAAGCCGACGCAAAACGAUAUCCAACGCAUUACACUUCCGGUCCGGCUUGCACAUCAAAACAGAUCUGAUGGCACUUUCGCAACCAACGUGUGGUACGAUACCUACAAUGAUGGAGAGCGAAAUUAAGCGUGAAUUGACGCACCAUGGCCAAAUGAUUUCGCUUGACGGGGAAGGACACAGUCGGGAAUGUUUGAACGGUGGUGAUGGAAUGCCACAGAAAAGAUCGAUCGACAAGGGUUUGGAAAAGUCAAAGUAA